AUGCCGAAAGGAAUAUUGAAGAACGCCCACACGGACGCCGCGUACCGCACGGAGUCGCCGAACGAGCUGGACCGCGAGAAGGCCGUGUUCGACAGACAGAAGGUGAUCGAGAACACGAGACUGAACGCCCAGCUGUCGCACGCCAAGGGCGUUCCCGGGCUGCAGCACAUCGAGCAGAAGAAGCAGCGGGGGGAGGCCUUGAGCGAGGAGGAACAGUUGCGCUGGGACGAGCGCAACUUGCUUGUGAACGAGAUGGAGAAGAGCGCCACCAUGAAGAUCGACGAGCCCAAGACGCCCUACGAGGGCGGCUUCGACCCGAACAACGACUACUACCGCACCGACAACGAGGCGGACGACGGCGCCGACGGCGCCGACGCCCGUGACGACCCCUUCGACCUCGGAGAAGGGCUGGACGACGCCGACGACGUCCAGCGGGGCCACAUCGACGUUGUUGCCGGCGACCCGCCCCACCCAGUGCUGGCGGCCGCCGGACCUGCUGAGCCCAGCGCCGACGAGAAGCACCGGCGCUUCGAGGAGAAGCGCAAGCAGCACUACCACCUGAAGGCUGCCCCGUUGAAGGAGCACCACGUCCUCCCCGCCGCCGACGACGACGACGACGACGACGACACUGCCGCCGACCGCCCUUGA